AUGGAUGAAUUCGGGGUGUCUGGAUUCAACGGCGUCGCCGCCGUCGCGAAGCGGCGGCGGAGCACCACAUCCAGGCGACCUCGGUUGGAUUCCCAGGCCCUGCUGGAUGGGCGGGAUCCUUCCCCUCCCUCGACCACUCCUUCCUCGGAGAACGCCAGCAAGAACUCUACCGACGGGAGCUCCAGCCACGACACCGGCUUUCGGAGGAAGGAGGUCAACCUCAACAGCCUGGUCCCGAAGAGCUCUUCCUCCAAAAACGAAGGGGCUACCUCCUCGAAGAGAAUCAAGAGAGACGACUCCUACUCCUACGGAGACUUUGACAGGUUCCACAGUAGUGACCUUCAGAGGCCCGGGUCUUCGGGGAGCAACGCACCUCGGAGCAGCGAAGGUGUUCUUGCCCCCGCUAGCUGGAAGAACAUUGCAAGAAACAGAGAGGGGCCGCCUCUGGACGGCCACGUUGCAGGAGGGAAGAGCAGUACCGAGGCUCAAGCUGUGGAUCGGUCGGAAUCCGCUCCUGGCGGGGUGAUGAAGAACAGGGUGAGGAAGGUGAAGCUGAAGGUCGGCGGCGUCACUCGCACGAUCCAUGCGAAGUCUAAUGGGGACAGCAGCUUUGAGGGCGGCUCCUCCUCUUCGAAGCCCCCCCGGCCUGACGAUGCUUCUCGCCAUCGGCGGAGACUAGUUCUUAAGGUGACCUACUUCACACCCUUUGUUCCCCAAUUUAUCAUAUCCCAUAUCUGAGUACUUUUCUUUAUUUUUCGAGAAAUUCGGUAAUGGAAACCGACCUGUUGAAUAAAAUCUAAAAUCUAUCAGCUUACCUUGUUAAUUAGAAUGCUGAUACAAAGUUAAUGAUUCCAUUGAAGCAUAAUCAAUGGGCUCCGCCGUAUGUUCUGUUAAAACUUGUAUGAUAGAUAUCAUGCAUCUCAUGCACAGUGAGAUGAACCCAUCUAGUUCUCAUACUUGAUGAGAGCAUCAUAUCUCGUCAUUGUUAUAUAAAUGUAUGUAGCUAUAUUUUCUUUCUUUUCUGAACAUCCUGAUAUGAAAAAAAAUCUGAAGAUGAUGACAUCUUCUAGGAGAAGGGAGAUCCAAUGGUGGCAGCGCCAUGGAAGGACUUCAGUGAUCAGAGCCCCUCUGGUACAUCAAAGGAAGCUGACGACAAGACCCAGAGCACAGCAGUCUCAGAGCCGGUCCGCAAGAGCAAGAGGGUCCCCAAGAGACGGGUGCUGGAUGGAGCCUACGAUGGGGAGGACGCCGAUGAGGAGAUCCGGUACCUCGAGAGGCUCAGGGCCUCGAAGCUGAGCUCGGACCAGCAGGAAACCAGCGGGUCGGAGAGCAAGAAGAGGCAGAAGGUCUCUAGGGUUUCCAGGCGCGGCUCCUACGAGGAAGAUGAUGACUUCUCUCUGCUGCGGAGGUCCAGGGAUGGCAGGAAGAAGCCGAGGUCAGAGAGGGAUUCCGAAGACAGGGACUACAUUGAUGAGGAGGAAGAGGGGGGCUCUGAUGCCUCUGAGUCCCUGGGGAAGACGCCAAGGCAAGAGUCAUUGGAUUCUCUCCCCGACUCCCGGAAGGAGUUUUCUCUCACUACCCGCCAACGGGCCCUCCAGACUGGGAGAGAUGGGUCCAGCGGCAGUGCCGCCAGCUUGGUCGAGUACCCUGAUGGCCUGCCGCCCGCUCCCCCAAGAAGUGAGGACUCCAUCUGCACCUGAAGAAGUUACCGCCGUUAGGAUUUGAAUUUAUUGUAUACUUUCCUGCCAUCACAGGACAAAAGGGGAAGCUUUCUGAAGUUGAGCAGCAGCUGAAGAAGGCAGAAGCCGCCCAGAGGCGGCGGCUGCAGGUGGAGAAGGCCGCCAGGGAGUCCGAGGUCAGUUCCCUUGUUCCCUUCUCCAUGGUUGGAUUUCCAGCUAUGGUUUCUUUGGUUUUAACCCCCGCAGAGCCCUUGAGUGACGAAAAUGUCGCUGCAAUAUUCUCCCUUGACCAAUGCUCUCCUCUGAAACUACCCAGAUAGUAUUUUACCAUCCAUCACGACCCGUUGACUUAACCAUGGUUCACAUCUUUCUGCAACCACCCAAUUUAGAUAAUGACGAUCAAACCCUGGUGCACGCACAAAUUGGGCCGUUUUUUUACUAUUUUAAGAAGUACCAAGCUGUUAAUAUAAUAUCCUGGGGAUGCUCUUCAUCAUCAUCAGAUGACGAUAUAACCCAAGGACUGUAAACCAGGAGCUUAGUCGGCCUUGUUCAUCACUCAUGGGCUUCCUAGGGACUUUCAGUCUGAAAAAUCCCAUCACACUCCCGAAAUUAGUAACAAAGAAAACUUCUGAAAGCAAGAAAUAAUGCAGAAUUUACAUAUAAAGCUGGAUAUUUAUAUGUAUAUGUAUAUAUAUAUAUAUAUGAUUAGAAUUCACCGACUAAUUUCAAUGUCUCAGGCUGAGGCGAUCAGAAAAAUCUUGGGCCAAGACUCCAACAGGAAGAAGCGCGAAGAGAAGCUGCAGAAGAAGCGGGAUGAGCUAGCUCAGGCACGUAGGAACACCAAGAUUUAUUCGUUCUUUUUUUCUUUUCCUCUUUUGGGUAGAUCUUCAGUGGAGCUGACUCCCCAUGUCCUCUUCUGGGUCUUGUUGCAGGAGAAGGUCGCCAAGUCCAUGGCCUCGGCCGGCAACACAGUGAGGUGGAUCCUGGGGCCGGAGGGGACGACCGUGACCUUCCCUGAGGCUGUGGGGCUCCCAGGCAUCUUCAACCCCAGGCCUUGCAGGUCGGCCCCUUCGCCUUUUCAUUUGAUGACCCAUUAAAGAAAAAUUAACUAAAAAAGGAAAAAAAUACAGUUUUAAAACACAUUUUCGAGCAGGGGAAACGUUAUAGAAAAAGAAAAUUAAACUGGGGCGGAUGGGUUUUUCUGGGUCGCUAAUUCUCAGACAUGAAAGACGGGCAAAGAUUGAAUCUUUAUGGUCCGAGGGGACCAACCCACCUCUGUCUUGAUGAGAGAAACCUUCAUGCAAUCUGACGGCUUCCUUGGUGUCCGAUCUCCAGUUAUCCGCCUCCGCGGGAGAAGUGCGCGGGACCCACCUGUACCAGGCCCUACAGGUACCGCCACUCCAAGUUGAAUCUGCCCCUCUGCAGUCUCCAGUGCUACAGGGCUGUCGAGCAGGUCGUCCAGCAGUGA